ACGCACUGCACAAUUAUAGGAAAGUGGGAAAAGAAAUACUCGUAACUGGAAAUAGAAAAAUAAUAAUCUGUAUGACACUAUUUAUCAAGUUAAGAAGGUCACACGAAACCCCAAACUCUUUUCCUCAGUGAAGUCCAUCAAUAGAGAUCCGUGGCCAGUCGAUCGGAGAAGAUGACGACGACGACGACGACGACGACGAUGAAGAAGGGGAAUAGCUUCUUCAUCGCAAUUACAGUCCUAUUAUUAUGCAUGAUGAUCUCAUCUUCUGAAUCUUUCUAUCUUCCCGGUGUCGCUCCUCGUGAUUUUCUAAGAGGUGAUCCUCUUCAAGUAAAAGUCAACAAGCUAUCGUCUACUAAGACCCAGCUUCCGUAUGACUAUUAUUACUUGAGUUACUGUAAGCCCAAACACAUUCAGAACAGUGCUGAAAACUUGGGAGAGGUGCUUCGAGGUGAUCGUAUAGAGAAUUCAGUUUACACUUUUCAUAUGAGGGAGGAGCUCCCAUGUAAGGUUGGUUGUCGAGUAAAGCUUGAUGCUCAUACUGCAAAGAACUUCAAGGAAAAAAUUGAUGAUGAGUACCGAGUUAACAUGAUUUUGGAUAACCUCCCAGUUGCUGUUCUUAGACAAAGACGGGAUGGUAGUCAGUCAACCACAUACGAACAUGGUUUUCGUGUAGGAUUUAAAGGGAACUAUGCUGGGAGCAAAGAAGAAAAGUAUUUCAUCAACAAUCACUUGAGCUUCAGAGUCAUGUAUCACAAGGACCUUGAGACUGAUGCUGCUCGAAUUGUAGGAUUUGAAGUUACCCCAAACAGUAUCAAUCACGAGUACAAGGAAUGGGAUGACAAGAACCCUCAACUGACAACAUGCAAUCAGAAUACCAAAAAUAUAAUUCAAGGAAGCACAGUACCACAGGAAGUUGAUACAGACAAGGAGGUUGUAUUUACAUAUGAUGUUACUUUCAAGGAGAGUGAUAUCAAGUGGGCCUCACGUUGGGACACCUACCUUCUUAUGAACGAUGACCAGAUCCACUGGUUUUCCAUCAUAAACUCCCUAAUGAUAGUCCUCUUCCUUUCGGGAAUGGUAGCAAUGAUCAUGAUGAGAACACUCUACAGAGACAUUGCCAACUAUAAUCAGUUAGACUCACAAGAUGAAGCACAAGAAGAAACCGGAUGGAAACUCCUUCAUGGAGAUGUUUUCCGGGCUCCUUUAAAGUCCGGGCUUCUUUCCGUUUAUGUUGGAACUGGUGUCCAGAUCUUAGGAAUGACAUUAGUAACAAUGAUCUUCGCGUUACUAGGUUUCUUGUCACCCUCUAACCGUGGUGGACUCAUGACAGCUAUGGUUCUUUUAUGGGUGUUCAUGGGGUUAUUUGGUGGGUAUGCCUCUGCACGGUUAUACAAAAUGUUCAAAGGUACCGAGUGGAAAAGAAACACACUGAAAACUGCAUUCAUGUUUCCAGGUAUAUUAUUUUCCAUUUUCUUUGUUCUCAAUGCCAUAAUCUGGGGGGAGAAAUCUUCUGGAGCAGUACCGUUCGGGACCAUGUUUGCUCUUGUUUGCUUAUGGUUUGGGAUAUCCGUACCUUUGGUGUUUGUGGGCAGUUACUUGGGUUUCAAGAAACCCAUAGUCGAAGAUCCAGUAAAAACAAACAAGAUCCCAAGACAGGUUCCAGAGCAAGCUUGGUACAUGAAACCAGUCUUUUCGAUCCUAAUAGGCGGGAUUCUACCAUUUGGAGCGGUUUUCAUUGAGCUAUUCUUUAUUCUAACCUCCAUUUGGCUGAACCAGUUCUACUACAUAUUUGGUUUUUUGUUCAUCGUGUUUGUCAUUUUGAUCAUCACUUGUGCCGAGAUAACUGUGGUUUUGUGCUACUUCCAACUGUGCAGUGAAGACUACCAUUGGUGGUGGAGGGCAUACCUUACUGCUGGUUCAUCUGCAUUGUAUCUUUUCCUUUACUCCAUCUUUUACUUCUUCACAAAGUUGGAAAUUACAAAACUGGUUUCUGGAAUCUUAUACUUUGGCUACAUGUCGAUUGCUUCAUACGCCUUCUUUGUGCUGACGGGUACAAUCGGGUUUUAUGCGUGUUUAUGGUUUGUACGUAAGAUCUACUCAUCUGUGAAGAUAGACUGAUUUGAUGUAAAGAUACGAGGAAGAAGAGAAUGGCAAGGAAUACAAAUGAAGCGGUAGCUGCAUUUGGGAGGCAUGGGGGGUGUAAUCUUUUGUUAGAUGACAUUCAUACUAGUAUUAAAAGGAAUGAUUGCCUAAUUUUCUAGUUUUUAGUUUAGGGCUUUGGUUUGUAUGUUGCCUGUUUUGUUCUCUCUUUUCAAAUAAUAUUUAUAAAUUUUCCCUUUUUUUGUUCAGACAUAAAUUAUAUACGAACUUUACUUGUUUACCAA